AUGACCUCGAGAAAAGUGGAACAAACGAUAUUCCUGGAGCAAGAUGAAUCGGCAGUGAGUGCAUCAGCCGCCAUCAUAGCGAUGUGCCUCCUUACCAUCCAGUGCAUACGGCGCUGCUAUGAGACAUACUGCCUUCAAGUGUUUGCUAAGUCCAGUAAAAUGAACCUGAGCCAUUAUCUUGUUGGGAUGGUGCAUUAUUUCGCUUGUGUAGUCGCAGUUGUGGGGCAGGCGCCAUUGUUUUGUGGCAACCAAAAUAGGGACAAAGUCGUCUGGACAGAUAAACGUACGAGCAUUUUGGCAAUUCCAUGCGUGCUAAUCUUUCUGUAUGCCUGUUAUGAGCAGUACCAAACCAACAUAAUCUUCGCAAAUCUGCGCAGGGAUAAGAAAACCGGUGAAGUUGUGACAGAGGAACAUAGGAUACCUCAUGGGAGACUCUUCGAGCUGGUCUCCAGUCCACAUAGGCUUUGUGAAAUAUUAUUAUACACCGUUCUUAUCAUACUGAUACCGACAAAAACGUUCUUUUGCAUAUAUCUGUGGGUGCUGAGCAAUCAGAUCCAGACUGCUAUCCAAGCACACGAGUGGUACAAAAAGUCGUUCAAAGGCUACCCAGCAAACAGAUUCGCUAUUCUUCCAGCUUUAUUAUAUGGCAGUUUUGGUUACAAAGGCCGCGACGGUAAAAUUUUGCAAGCCAUCGAACUGCCUAAAUCUUAUUACAGACAUUUCUACGUGUUUGCUGCCCUGUUCAGUAACGUGACUUUGGUUUAUAUGUUUAUGUUGUAUUUUAUGAAUUUGGAAAUAAAUACAUACGUUCAUGCAAUAUUGAAGGCCAUUUUUGAACAAGAAGAACCUGCAGGGUCGGCAACAGCGGCUUUCAUAGCAAUGAGCCUUAUAACAUUCCAUUGCGUGAGGCGAUGCUACGAGUCUCACCUUCUCCAAGUGUUCGCGAGCUCUGGCAAGAUGAACAUAUUUCACUAUGGGACUGCCUACGUACACUAUGCAACAGUUAUUUUGGCCACUGUUGGAGAAGCGCCGCUAUUUUGCGGUGAUCGAGUAAAAGAGAACAUUCGAUGGGUAGAUACUCGAACUCAAAUUCUACAUAUACCUUGCAUUCUGAUUUUCCUUCUGGCCUCUUACGAGCAGUAUAGAAGCAACGUCAUACUAGCAAACCUGCGUAAAGACAAGAAGACGGGGGCCGUAGUCACUGAGGAGCAUAGAGUACCGCGCGGCAGAUUGUUCGAGUACGUCUCCAGUCCGCACAGACUAUGCGAAGUUAUCCUGUACAUAGUCAUCGCUGUUCUGAUACCUACGAAAACUAUACUAAUUAUGUGUUUCUGGGUACUUUGUAAUCAGAUCCAGUGUGCCGUCCACGCCCACGUCUGGUAUAGAAAAACUUUCAAAGAUUACCCCGAUAAUAGAAUGGCCAUUUUUCCUUAUAUAUUGUGA